UUUCAGUUUUCACGUGUUCUGUUUUAAGUCGUUUCACUGGUAUCUGUGUUAAUAUACGCAAUAGAGGGAUAGAUUUUUCAUCAGCAUUUUAUAUAGUAAAAAUUGUUUUCGUUAAAAGAGAUAUACAUUUGAUUCAGCAACAACAAUGGGCUAUGAUGACCGUGAACGAGAUCGCGAAAGACGCCGCCAUCGUUCCCGCUCCCGUGACCGCCAUCGCGAACGCUCCAGGGAUCGUCGCCACCACCGGAACUCGAGGCGCAAGCCCUCGCUUUAUUGGGAUGUGCCGCCGCCGGGAUUCGAGCACAUCACCCCAAUGCAGUACAAAGCCAUGCAGGCGUCCGGACAGAUCCCGGCCAGCGUUGUGCCGGAUACGCCACAAACGGCGGUGCCCGUGGUCGGAUCAACGAUUACCCGACAGGCGCGCCGCCUGUAUGUCGGCAACAUUCCGUUUGGCGUCACCGAGGAGGAAAUGAUGGAGUUCUUCAACCAACAGAUGCAUUUAGUUGGCCUCGCUCAGGCGGCCGGCAGUCCCGUCUUGGCCUGCCAGAUCAACUUGGACAAAAACUUUGCUUUCCUCGAAUUCCGUUCGAUUGAUGAAACCACCCAGGCAAUGGCAUUCGAUGGCAUCAAUUUGAAGGGGCAGAGCUUAAAGAUCAGGCGUCCGCAUGAUUACCAGCCCAUGCCGGGUAUUACAGACACCCCGGCAAUAAAGCCCGCUGUUGUUUCCAGUGGUGUUAUUUCGACAGUGGUCCCGGACUCGCCUCACAAAAUCUUCAUUGGAGGUCUGCCGAACUAUCUAAACGACGAUCAGGUUAAGGAACUGCUUCUGUCGUUUGGCAAGCUACGAGCCUUUAACCUUGUUAAGGAUGCUGCUACUGGGUUAAGCAAAGGCUAUGCUUUCUGUGAAUAUGUGGAUCUUAGCAUCACAGAUCAGUCAAUUGCUGGCCUGAACGGAAUGCAGCUGGGUGACAAGAAACUGAUUGUCCAACGAGCCAGUGUGGGCGCCAAGAAUGCCCAGAACGCAGCCAACACCACGCAGUCCGUAAUGCUACAAGUGCCGGGCCUGUCAAAUGUGGUGACCUCUGGACCACCAACCGAGGUACUCUGCUUGCUCAACAUGGUCACGCCCGAUGAACUGCGGGACGAGGAGGAGUACGAGGAUAUUUUGGAGGAUAUCAAGGAAGAGUGCACGAAGUACGGAGUUGUGCGGAGCGUGGAAAUCCCGCGUCCCAUCGAGGGCGUAGAAGUUCCGGGAUGCGGCAAGGUCUUUGUCGAAUUUAACUCGGUUCUCGACUGUCAGAAGGCGCAGCAAGCACUUACCGGACGCAAAUUCAGCGACCGCGUUGUGGUCACAUCAUAUUUCGAUCCUGACAAGUACCAUAGACGCGAAUUCUAAAUACAAGUAAAUCAUAUUUCUCACAUUCACCGAUUGUCCAAUAAAUAUCACAAUAAAAGUAACAAUUUACGAAUUGACUACGAAAA